AUGAGAGCUUCCCCACUUCUUUCUUUGUCCAUAUUCAUUACAUUUGUUUCAAUAUUUUCCCUGUUAACCUAUCUUCCAUCAUUUUUCGCUCAAAUUUCAAGAAUUGAACGUCAAUUGGAAGAAGAAUUAGAUGAGUUUCUGAAUAUUGAGCAUGAAUUCAGGAAAGAAUUUGAUAUUUAUCCGAAAAACUAUGAAAGAAGGCAGAAGAAACAUGUAUAUAGUUAUUGUGAAUGUGAAUACAUAAAUACAUGCCCGCCUGGACGGAUUGGAAUUACAGGACCUGAUGGACAACCAGGCAAAGAUGGCCUUCCUGGAAUGCCUGGAUCUCCCGGAAUACCCGGAGAACUUCCAAAUAUUUUAUAUCAGCAAGUUUUUGGAUGCCGAAUCUGUCCUUAUGGACCAAAAGGAAAAUCUGGAUAUAAGGGAAUCGAUGGUCCUCCGGGUAUUCCCGGUUGGCCUGGAGAACCUGGUGUUCGCGGAAUGAAUGGAGAACGAGGAUCAACAGGUCUGGAUGGAGCACCUGGUGAACCAGGGUCACCUGGUCUCCCAGGAUUUGCGGGAUUACCUGGUAGCAUUGGCAUAACUGGAAUCAAAGGAGUCAUGGGUGAAGUUGGAGAGCCGGGAGCCCCUGGAAUUCCUGGAGAAGAGGGACUUUCUGGACCCACUGGUCAACCUGGAUCGCCUGGGUCGAUUGGGGCGAUGGGGUAUGAGGGUGCCUAUGGAGAUCGUGGAGAACCUGGCCCACCGGGACCAAUUGGAAGACGCGGAGGACCUGGUCUUGACUCUCAUUACUGUCCCUGUCCAUCUCGGAAAAUGUUCUUAUCAAUUUUAAGAGAAAAAACCAAGAAACAAUUGUAAAACAAACAGAUCAUACAUGUAUUUUUUAAAUUGAAAUUUUCCAUAUUUACAAUUGUUUUUUUUUAAAUUAUAAAUUAAAUAACGAAAACA